AUGAAACAUAACCACCAGAGUCUACACAACCACAGCCAGAACCACCAGAGAGGAGAGAGUAUCGUCGAGGAGCCAAACUCUAUCCUGGGAGACACUACUACCAUCACUAACGGCCAUGCUGGCAACAUCAACGGCUGCGCUGACAACACCAACGGCCAUGCUGGCAGCUUGAAUGGCUGUGCUGACAACACCAACGGUCAUGCUGGAAACACUAACGGCCGUGCUGACUCUGCGCUGUUGGAAGGAGCCUAUGGCGGCGGUAAAGGCUUUACAGCAUGCCAAGAGACUGGCAAGGGCAAGGCGAGGCGGGUGGUGCAGAGAAAGCGGCCGGCCAGCAGCACGUCCAAGUUCAGAGGGGUGACUCACCACUGCCGCACAGGGCGGUGGGAGGCUCAUAUCUGGGAGGAGGGGCGGCAGGUGUAUCUGGGGGGAUUUGAUUCCGAGAAGCAGGCAGCCCUGAUGUACGACAUAGCUGCACUCAAGAUGAGGGGCGAGGACGCACAGACAAACCUCCCGCCUGAGGAGUAUACCAAAUACACCAAGGAAAUAGGAGGAGCUCAUUCUGCUGCUGCUGCACCACUGGCAGAGGCUGUUCUGUAUGACUUCCAUAUCCUUCGUUCACCGUGCUUCUGUUGUGGCACCACACUCACAUCCUCCUGUUCACCCCCGUUUCCCCAUUUUGUGUCCUCCAGAGGCCGUUCCUAA